CAAACUUAGUUCGCGCUGUAACCUUACUUGUGUUAUUCCUCUCUGUCCAUGGAAUAACUAUUUUAUUGUUUUAACAGAGGUUUGGGGCUGUUUGACCUGAAAGAAAGUCGGGUGAGUCUUCGUGGCUUAAAAGAAAACAAAAGUGGGCCUAACAACUGGUUGGGAUCAAGAAGCCUGAGAACAUGGAGGAGGAAAUGUUCGAGGACACUUUGCCUCUCCGGCAGGACCUGACGUGUCCUGUAUGUCAGGGGAUCUUCAAGGACCCUGUCCUGCUGCCGUGUUCCCACAGCUUCUGUCGGGAAUGUCAGCAGAAAAGCUGGCAGUUCAACAACCGGACGUGUCCCGUCUGCAGAGUUCCCUACGUGGAGGGCAGCGCUAUCAGUAACCGAGCCCUCAACGACGCCUGCGAGAGCUUCCUCAAGCAGAACAGUCUGCGGCCCGUCCAGGUCCAACUCAGCGAGGAGCUCUGCAACCUGCACCUGAAACCGCUGGGGCUGUACUGUGAGAAGGACGAGGAGCCGGUCUGCGUGGAUUGUGUCUCCCAGCACGUCGGACAUAGGCUGUGGUCCCUGAAAGAAGGCACAUCCAUAUGCAAAACGGAGCUUAGCUUCAAAGUUCAGAUUUUUGAAAAGAAAGUGGAAUUGCACAAAAAAAUGACCAAGAAGUUUAGCAAUGCAAUGGAGUAUGUCAAGCAUCAGGCUUCGGAAGCAGAGAAACUGAUCAAGGCAGAAUUUGAGCGACUCCACAUCGUGCUUCACCAGGAAGAAGCCAAACGACUGGAAGCUCUGUCCAUUGAUGAGACGGAAAAGAUCGAAAUUAUGCAGAGAAUGAUUAAGGAGACAGAGAGGGAAAUUAAAGAAUUAAAGGGCCUCAUUGACACGAUGAAGAAAGAGAUGGGAAAUGAGGAUUUGGCCCUCCUGAAGAAUUUCCAGAAUGUAAAAAGACAAGCCCAGUGGGUUGAACCCGAUCCAUCCUUUCUUUAUGAUUGCCUCAUAAACAUGGGGAAGCAUGUUGGCUCUCUGGGCUUCAACAUAUGGAAAGACAUGAAGGAUCAUAUCAAAUACUAUCCAGUGGUGCUCGACCCAAACACAGCUUCCCCGUGGCUGUCCCUGAGCCCUGAUCUUACCACCAUGAAGGAGAGCUCAGAGCGGAUGACCGUUCCUGACAAUCCAGAGCGCUUUGAUCCCAUCGUCUUCGUCAUGGCGACUGAAGGAUACAAAACUGGUAAACACAAAUGGGACGUCAAUGUCGGUGACAACCCCAAGUGGAUCCUGGGAGUGUGCAAAGAGGUUUUGACCCGUAAAAAGAAGUUCACGGUCUCCGCAAGUCGUGGCGUGUGGGCCCUAGGGCUCAGUAAAGGGGUGUAUACCGUCCACACUGAUAAGCGUACAGAGAUAAUGGUGCCGCAAGGUCCUGAAAAAAUACGCAUCAAGCUAAAUAUGGAUAAGGGCGAGGUGUCGUUCUGGGAUUCGGGCAGAGAGAAGCACUUGGUCACUCUUACACACAAGUUUGAAGGGAGAAUAUUCCCAAUUUUUGGGCCUGGGCUUCAUACUACUCCUAUGGUUCUGGUUCCUGGAAAAAUAGCUGUACACACAUGAGCGGCCUCCUCCCCAAAGUAUCACAAAAAGAUUCAAGUUGAUCAAAUGUUGGAUGAAUUUAACUCUAAAUUUAUUGAAAGAAAGCUUUUGAUGCAAAGUUAGUGUCUGUACACCUUACCAAAUAAGAUUGCUAUGGGAAAAAAAUCUGAAUUGAAUUAAAGAAAAUUGAGAUUAGUUUGCUAUUGCUGCUAAAUGUUUUUUAGACUAUGCCAGACAUCUUCAAGCGUAAUGCUUUACUUCUAAAUCUUGCAUCAACUGGAUUUUGAUGACAAUUAAGAAUUUUGUUUAGAACCUAUUUGUGUGUAAAGUAAAACUCGCUGUUUAAGGUUCUUGUUAAAAAUGAAAAGCAGUUUUGCCUCUGCCUUUUUCAAAAUAAAUGAUUAUGCAGCAAAAGUAAGAAAAUGAACAAGUGACCAUAUUAACUAUAAUUGCAUAUUAAAAGCUAAGAAGACACUUAGCUUUCAAUAUCUGUUUUUGUUUUUGUGUUUUUGCCAAUUCAAAACUGCAUACUUGCCUUUUUACUCGUCUUGGUGUUUGUUUCAAUCCUUAGAUAUUUUUUCCUUUAUUUUUUUUAAUCAAAAUUCUGCGUUUCAAAUCUUGGCAGAUUCAAGAUUUAAUUUCAUUUUAAUCAUUUUGGGUUUUUUUUGUUUUUUUUUUAAGUGGUUUUUUAAACAACGUCUGUGUUAGCUUGAUCAGAAUUGAUUGUAUUAGGAAGCUCGUGUUCUUCACUUUUUCACCUGACUAUGAUGUACAGAAACAGAAGAGUAAAAUGAAUCAGAAUGCAGAAAAUGUUAUCUAAUACUUCAAUGAACUGGGUUUUGUCUCAUACUAAUUAUAUUUCAAUUUUCUAAAAUAUGCUUCAAAUGUAUUUUAAAAUACAUGAGUGUUAUGAUAAGUUACCUUACUCUUCAUAUUUUUUUCUUUAUAUAGUCUCUUGGUAUAAUUUUUUUCACAUUUUGUUAAAAUUUACACUAUUAUGUUUUAAAAUGUUCUUUUUAUCUCAUUAAAGGACAAAUACAGACUGUUCCUCUGGAUUCAUGAUCCCUUCUUUGUGUGUAAAGUAAAACUCGCUGUUUAAGGUUCUUGUUAAAAAUGAAAAGCAGUUUUGCCUCGGCCUUUUUCAAAAUAAAUGAUUAUGCAGCAAAAGUAAGAAAAUGAACAAGUGACCAUAUUAACUAUAAUUGCAUAUUAAAAGCUAAGAAGACACUUAGCUUUCAAUAUCUGUUUUGUUUUUGUGUUUUUGCCAAUUCAAAACUGCAUACUUGCCUUUUUACUCGUCUUGGUGUUUGUUUCAAUCCUUAGAUAUUUUUUCCUUUAUUUUUUUAAUCAAAAUUCUGCGUUUCAAAUCUUGGCAGAUUCAAGAUUUAAUUUCAUUUUAAUCAUUUUGGGUUUUUUUUGUUUUUUUUUUUAAGUGGUGGUUUUGUUAAACAACGUCUGUGUUAGCUUGAUCAGAAUUGAUUGUAUUAGGAAGCUCGUGUUCUUCACUUUUUCACCUGACUAUGAUGUACAGAAACAGAAGAGUAAAAUGAAUCAGAAUGCAGAAAAUGUUAUCUAAUACUUCAAUGAACUGGGUUUUGUCUCAUACUAAUUAUAUUUCAAUUUUCUAAAAUAUGCUUCAAAUGUAUUUUAAAAUACACGAGUGUUAUGAUAAGUUACCUUACUCUUCAUAUUUUUUUCUUUAUAUAGUCUCUUGGUAUAAUUUUUUUCACAUUUUGUUAAAAUUUACACUAUUAUGUUUUAAAAUGUUCUUUUUAUCUCAUUAAAGGACAAAUACAGACUGUU